AUGCGGGCGCCCGGUAGCGCGGUACCUAUUGCGGCCCUAGUAAUUGCAAUAUCAUGUUUGUAUUGGGCUCCUGGAACAAGGGCUGGAUUUGCUUGUCUUAGCAAUCCAUGUUUAUUCGGAGUUUGUCUAGAUGAUUUAAACAGUACGUAUGCUUGUUUCUGCAUCGAUGGAUAUACGGGAGUGCAGUGCCAAACCAAUUGGGAUGAGUGUUGGUCUUCACCAUGCAAAAAUGGUGGUACGUGUAUCGACGGAGUUGCUCAAUACAAUUGCUCGUGCCCCGAUGGAUUCACAGGUGAUGACUGUUCCGUAAACAUUGACGAAUGUUUAUCGAAUCCUUGCUUAAAUAAUGGGACUUGCUGGGAUUUUGCAAAUGGUUACCGAUGUCAAUGCGGCCCUGGAUUUUUGGGAACCCGUUGCGAACAAGAUGUGGCCGUUUGUAAUGCUACAGGCUCUGCAAGAUGUCGCAAUGGAGGAAAAUGUGUUGAAGGUCCAGGAUUAGAAUUUUAUUGCGAUUGUCAACCAGGAUGGCAAGGAAGUCUUUGCGAAUUGGAAAUAGAUGAAUGCGCUUCUAAUCCUUGUCAAAAUGGAGGUGUUUGUGUAGAUAAACUUGCAGAUUAUGCUUGCGCAUGCUACAUUGGUUACACGGGACACGAUUGCGAACGACCAGUUCUGGAAUGUUCUGAUAAUCCAUGUUCCAAUGGAUCAUUGUGUCUCAUGGAAUUCGGAUAUCCGCGUUGUUAUUGUGUACCUGAUUACCAUGGCGAAAAAUGCGACCAAAAAUAUGACGAAUGUCAACUGGGUCCUCGGUGCAUUAAUGGAGGGACCUGCAUAGAUGGAGUAGAUGGUUUUACAUGCUCCUGUCCACAAGGCAUAUCUGCACAAGAUACUGUCGAACCAAGAACAAUCGAAGAAAUUUCUACCACAACGGAAGAUUUUACGAAUAUAAUAUUUCCAACUACUUUUGCACCACAAUCGUCAGUAAUUAAUAAAUCGACGGAACAUACGACGGAAUUUACAACAAUUACGUUCUCGCCAAGUGAUCCUCAAACUACGACUAUUAUUUCAACUUCAUCUGAAAUAACUGAUAGUACUAUCACUACUCCUUCAGGGUUGUUAAAUGUCACUGAUAUAUCUCAUUUUUUCACCGAUGAACCCGAUGCGAGACCAGGGCAGACAUCAACCGAAUCAGACACAACAAUGCCCUGGACGAGUUCGUCAACUAUCAGUUCAACUUUUACAUCAUAUUUGGAUUUGACGACUUCUACAGCAACGGUUGUAUAUGGUAACGAGUGCAAAAAUUUAUUCUGCGAAAAUGGUGGUACUUGUAUAACAACUUCUGAGGGAGCAAAGUGCAUUUGUACAUUUAAAUACCACGGCAGCACCUGCUCAAGACCAAUAAAUAUUGCGACAGCCGCUUUUGGUGGUACUUCGUUUUUGACACAUCGUUUGCCCGAUUCGGUCCUGUACGGCCCAAAUCCAAGUAUCGAUGUGAAAGUACAGGCCCGUACUUUAGCUCCUGAUGGAGUUUUAUUGCAUGCUACUGUUGGUGACGAUGCUUAUAUGACUGUUUAUUUGAAAGAAGGUCUAUUAAAAUUCGAAUUCAGCUGUGGAGUGCAAACAAUGGUUCUUGGAGAAACGAGAGCUCCUGUUAACGAUGGAAAUGAAAUGGGUAUAAGAGCAAG